AUGGCCACCGAAAAAGCCCGCAAAUCCCUCAUCGGCUCUCCCGGAAACUUCUGGCUCCACCACACAAACCAUGGCUUCAACCUAACACACCCUUCCUCCCCAAGAGAGCCCAUCACCACGCCAACACUAACCAUCGAAACCACCACCUCCCCAAUCACAGUCGACCCCUCCAAAUCUGCCCUUGUAAUCAUCGACAUGCAGAAUUUCUUCCUUUCGACCGCCCUGGGACGAACACCAGGCGGGCCAGGACACAAAGCUUCCGACAAUCUGUUUACCCACGCGAUACCUGCGGCUAGGAAAGCGGGUAUGAAGGUGGUGUGGUUGAACUGGGGGUUGACGGAGGAAGACUUGAAAACGAUGCCGCCGGCGGUGCGGCGCUGUUUUGGGUUCUUUGCGAUUCCUGAGGGGGAGGAGUUUGAGCGAGACUUCAGCCCAGGACCAAAAAGUGUCGGUGUAGACCGGUUUGGCGUUCCGCGCAAUGAGCACGGGAAGGAGGCCAUGUAUCAUGGUCUUGGAGCACCGUGCGGGAGUGUCACGCUCGACUCUGGGGAGACCAUUGCAGGAGGAGAUCUCCUGGUGCGAGAAUCGUGGAACGCAGAUAUUUACCCGCCUUUGAAAGAAGUGUACAAUUCUACCUCCGAUGCCUGGAUCCACAAAAACCGUAUGUCCGGACUGUGGGGCUCGUCCACGCCUUUCCAAGCUUUUCUGGAGAAAGAAGGAUUAAAGACAUUGUUUUUUGCCGGCGUGAACACAGAUCAAGUGUAUGUGGGAGUGGCUAAGCAAGAUGGUAUGUCGUGGGAUGAGUUGGACUACAACGAGCUUUCGUGA